GUCAUCUGUGGUUUCGUCGCCGUCGUAGUCGGAGAGAGGUGGUGGGAAAAUAGUGCAGUGUGCCAGUUUUGUUCGCGAGGCGUCCCUUUCUCUGACCUACACACGGUGGUCGCUCGUAGAUUGUUGUAGAAUUCAGUUGCACCAUUUCUACGCAACACUAGAGGAAGCUCGGAAAAACGCCAGCAACACAAGGGCCGCAGUAAAAAAAACAAUGUCAUUUUUUGGCUCACGCGACCAUGAAGGCUACGUGGGCAGAGAAGAGCAUAUGCGAAAGCUGGAAUCGGCCAACUCCGAGGAUGAUGGGGAUCUGGUCGAGCUUGCCCUCGGUGGUCUUCACAUCGCCGAGGGCGUUCGACCCACAGCUGGAGGUCCAUUUUCCGCACUCACGCCUUCAAUGUGGCCGCAAGAUAUCCUGGCCAAGCUUGGCCAACCGGAUCCGGAUGAGCCACCGAACCACCAGCCUGACUAUCGCUUCGACGAGUUCGGGUUCCGGGUGGAGGAAGAGGAUGGACCCGAGCAGAGCUCGAACAAACUGCUUAGCAUCCCGUUCAUCGAAGAUCCGGCGCAGCGUCUGCAGUGGAUUGCGCACCUAGAGUUCUCCCACAACAAGGAAGCGACCGAGCUGACCUGGGAAAGUGUCGACGUGGUACUACCCCGCACGGAGAAGCUCCGUUCGAUGGUGCGUGCUGGCAUACCGCACUCACUGCGUCCCCAGAUGUGGAUGCGACUGUCCGGGGCCUUGCAAAAGAAGCUAAAGUCCGAAGCGAGCUACCAGGAGAUUGUUAAAGCGUCCUCGAACGACCAGCUCAUGACGUCGAAGCAGAUCGAGAAGGAUCUGCUACGGAUCAUGCCAACCAAUGCUUGCUUCAGUUCGCUCAAUGGCACCGGUGUGCCACGGUUGAGACGGAUCUUGCGAGGAAUUGCCUGGCUCUAUCCGGACAUUGGUUACUGCCAAGGUACGGGUGUAAUAGCGGCCUCACUGCUACUGCUGCUCGAAGAAGAGGACGCGUUCUGGAUGAUGGCCACGAUCGUGGAAGAUCUGCUGCCCGCCUCGUACUACUCGUCCACGCUGCUCGGAAUCCAGGCGGACCAGCGCGUCAUGCAAACGCUUAUCGGCAACUACCUCACGGCGGUAGAUGAAACGCUCAAAAGCCACGACAUCGAGCUGUCGCUGAUAACACUCCACUGGUUCCUGACGCUCUUCGCCAGCGUCGUCCACAUGAAGAUCCUGCUGCGCAUCUGGGACUGGUUUUUCUACGAUGGCUCGAUCGUCCUGUUCCAGCUGACCCUGGGCCUGCUGAAGAUAAAGGAACCGACGGUAAAAAACCUAGAGAACUCGGCGCAAAUCUUCAACUCACUCUCGGACCUUCCGGGCGACAUUGACGACGUGGAGCAUCUGUUCGCGGUAUCGCUCGAGGUCGGCGGAUCCCUGUCGCCCAUGGUCAUCGAGACGCACCGUCGGCGGCACCUCGCGUACCUGAUGGCGGACCAGGGCGGGCUUGUUGGGAACCCGGAGGCCACCUCCAACCUUCCCAAGCAGCAGCUCGCGCGAAGGCAGAUGAAAAAAUCCAAAUCAAUGCUCCAGACGAUCCUGUUCGGUGCGGGCGCCGGUGGGGCCGAGGGUGAGGACGAGCUGAAGUGCAAAAAUAUCCGCACGACCGAGUUGCUGGUGGAUUUGCGCGAGGCCAUCCUGAAAGUCGCCCGACACUUCCUCGCGAUCGAACCGAAGCUGGCGGCCCACAUCAAACUGAUUGCCGACUAUGGCAUGGACAGUCACGCGAAGGACCACGAGAACUACAUCAACGUGUCGAGGACGCGCAGUCGGCGCGCUAAGGCACUGCACGACUUCGAGCGGCACGACGACGACGAGCUGGGCUUCCGGAAGAACGAUAUCAUUACGAUCGUGAGCCAGAAGGACGAACACUGCUGGGUGGGCGAGCUGAACGGACUGCGCGGCUGGUUUCCGGCCAAGUUUGUCGAGCUGCUGGACGAGCGCAGCAAGCAGUACAGUUGCGCCGGCGACGACGCCAUCUCGGAGACGGUCACGGACCUCGUCCGGGGGACGCUAGCGCCGACGAUCAAGCAGGUGCUCGAGCACGGCAUGAAGCGUCCGUCGUUCCUCGGCGGACCGUGCCACCCGUGGCUGUUCAUCGAGGAAGCGGCAACGCGCGAGGUAGAGAAAGACUUUGAGUCGGUCUACUCGCGGCUAGUGCUGUGUAAAACCUAUCGCCUGGACGAGGAUGGGAAAGUCCUGACGCCCGAGGAGCUGCUCUAUCGCUGCGUACAAUCGGUCAACCAAAGCCACGAUGCGGCCCACGCCCAGAUGGACGUGAAGCUGCGCUCGCUCAUCUGUCUCGGGCUGAACGAACAGGUGCUUCAUCUCUGGCUGGAGACCCUGUGCAGUUGCACGGAGAUCGUGCAGAAGUGGUACCAACCGUGGAGCUUCGUGUUCUCGCCCGGUUGGGUGCAGAUAAAGUGCGAGCUGCGCCUGCUGUCGCAGUUUGCCUUCAACUUGAACCCAAACUGGGAGCUACCGGCGAAGCGAGAAGCGGUCCAAAGCCAACCGCUUAAGGAUGGCGUGCGGGACAUGCUGGUGAAGCACCACCUAUUCUCCUGGGACCUCUAAUCGAAGCCAUCGUGUUAGUAAUCUCUCUCAUUCCCGUUUCCUUUUGUCGUGUGUUCCUUUAUCCUCAAUCAAUGCUUCUUCCGAUGAGAGUGGCAGCUGAGGUAUUAUUUUAAUUUAAUUGCUUUGGUUUUAAUCUAACGGACCAUUAAUGUUUACUACCGGAAAGGAGAUACUAAAGUAACACGUUGUUGGACGGCUUUUGUCGCGAACGGAUGUGCUGCAGCCUCAACCUACUUUAUUUUAUUGUUUUAUUGUAGAGCUUUUAACAAGUGUUAUUUAGUUUAUUCGUGAUUUAUGUUAACAAUCCGUACGCUCCUUUACUAAACGUCGUGUGCACAACAGUAUUACAUUGUAACCUAUCGAACGAACACGUGGAGCUCUUGGAGCUCAACCCAGUCGCACGUCCGUGCAAACCCCGUCGUUCUCCCAAAGGCACUCCCAAGGCAUAUGCGAACGAGAUGAAUGAAAACUUUGUGGCGCGUACUAAGAGAUUCACUACAUUGAGCUUUUUAAGGUAGCGUGCACCGAAGAAAGACUAGACAGGAUAUUGUUAUACAUUUUAUGUUGUUUUUAUAUGAAUUUAUUUUGAUCAUUUUAAUCAAACACUCCUUUUGUUAAAUCA